AUGAAUUCAAUCGAAGAAAAGAGCGAAGAACACAAUAACAAUGCAGGAGCACAUGGAGAAAGUAACUUGAAGGACAUAAAGGAAUUCAACAGUAUCAGUGAUAUUGUUAGUUACAUUUUGACCAUCGGUUUAUGGGAAAUGUAUACAUAUGAAUGGAUAUUUAAUAGAAAGACCUUUUUGUACUAUCAUACAUUACUAGGUAAUUAUUACUUUUAUGAUAAGAAUAAUAGUUUAACUCCAUUUAAUGAGAAGUCUUUUUUUUUAUAUGUGUAUACAUUUGAUAGUACUGAAUUUAUAUCUAAUUUUCUAUUUAAAAAUGAAGAAAAACAAAAAAUUAAAAAAAUUAAAUUAACCACAUAUACAAAAACUAUGCAAGGAAGAAGGAAAAAGCAAGAAGACAGAUAUAUUGUCAUUACUGAUCUUACAAAAUAUAUAGACUCAAAUGAUUAUAGAACUUUAUUUUUUUAUAAAAAAAGUCCUCUUUACUUCUUUUCCAUAUUUGAUGGCCAUAGAGGAAUAAAAGCUUGUGAAUACUGUAUGACCAAUAUUAUUAAAAAUAUAAUUUAUUAUCUGUAUAGUCAAGAUAACACGGAAGAAAAUGCAUUUAAACAACAAGAUGUGUGCUCCACAGAACAAAUUAAUCCAAAUGGAAGUACAAUUCAAAAUGAAGCAGAAAAAGUUGGUGUUGUUAAAAGCGAAGUGGUAAAUAGUAUUGUUACUAAGAGUGACAGAGUUAAGUGCUUCAGCGAAAUGGAAAUAGAAAAAAACGAUAUUAAAUUAAAAUAUGAGCAUAAAAAAAUUGGAGGCCAUACAAUAGCGAACUUAAAUCACGUAGACAAUACUGUCAACCUUAGUGAUGACAUUGAAAAUGAAAAUAAAAACCCGAACGCUGUGAGGGAUGAAGGGAAAAAUGAAUCGAACGGGUCAAAUGGACCAACCGGGACAAAUGGACCAAAAGAACCAAACGAACAUAACGAUUUUAGUAAAAAUAAAGAUAAAAGAUCAACUGAUGAAGAGGAAGCAACUCAUACGAAGAAAAGAAAAGUAGAAAAUAAGGACUUAAUAAUAGAAAAGGAAACAAAUUUUACUUCACUGAAAAAGAAUAAUAACAAUAAUAAUAAUAAUAAUAAUAAUAAUAAUAAUAAUAAUAGUAAUAAUAAGGAAAGUAAUAUCACUGAGGAUAACUUAAGUGCGCGGGAGAAAGGUAACAAUGGAAAACAUUCAAGCGGCAAAGCAUCAUAUAACGAUAAUAAUUAUGGGGAAAAUGGAAAUGAAAUUAAUAAUAAUGAAAGCAGUAAUAGAAAUAAUAGUGGUAAUGAUAAUAGCCUUUCUCCAUGCGUAGUCAAACAAAAUGACAAAGUGCUUGACCCCAGUGAUGAUUAUAACAAAAGUGAAUAUAAUAAUAAGAACGUUAAUGGGAAUUGUAAAAAGAAACUAAAGUUUUUAGAUGAUCUGACGGAUGAAGAAAUAAUAGAACACAUCAAAUUAGCAUUUUUAAAAACAGACGAACAAUUUUUAAGAAUUUCUAAAUUUCCCAACCAUGGCUGUACAAUCAUUUCUUUGAUUAUUUUAAAAAAUAAAAUGUUUGUAGCUAACUUAGGAGAUUGUCGAGCUAUUGGCGUCGUUAAUAUAAAUAACACUUUAAAAACUGAGGUUCUGUCGCAUGAUCAUAAACCGAAUGAUCCUAAGGAAAAGGAGCGAAUAAAAAAAAUGGGAGGGGAUGUCAUCUGCUUGCAAAAUGUGUAUAGGGUUAAGGCGAAUGUGAAGAAGACGAACGCCAACAAACCGAGCUUACUUGAGGGAUUAUCUUUAAAAGAAGAGGUUUAUCUUGCAGUUUCAAGAGCAAUAGGUGACAAGGAUUUUAAAUAUAACAACGUAAUAUCGGCUACCCCAGACGUUAUAUGUAAAGAAUUAUAUAGUGAUCUUCCAGGGAAGAAAGGAGUAGAAAAGAAAAUUACACAAAAUGCAGAACCGGUUGAACAAAAUGAAAUAGAUGAAAAUCAUUUCAAUGAAGACAAUAAUGUGUACUAUUCUGCAGAAGAAAUGAAUUAUCAUUUUGUUCUUAUGGCCUGUGACGGAGUGUGGGAUACCAUGUCUAAUAAAGACGUUACUCAAGUGUUACAAACAUACAUGCAUGACCCGGAUAAGGCCUGUAGUGAAAUUAUAAAAACGGCUUAUGCAUACGGGAGUCAGGAUAAUCUAACUGCCAUGCUGAUAAAGCUUUACUGA